CCAGAAUGGCAUACCCAGGCUAUCCCCCAUCUGGAGGCUACCCUGCUUUCCCUGGGUAUCCUCCGACAGGACAAGAGUCUGUCUACCCGCCAGCUGGUCAGUACUCCUAUCCUGGAGGAUACCCUCCAGCAGGAGGAGGGGCCUAUCCUGCAGCACCACCCAGUGCUGGGUACCCAGGAGCAGCAGGAUAUCCUGCCCCGGGGGGCUACCCAGUUCCUCCCCAGGCUGGAGGAAUACCACCUUAUCCUGGAGGCCCUGGGUUUGGUGUGCCUCCCACUGGCCCUGGCUUUGGUGGCUAUCCGCAGCCUCCUGCCCAAAACUAUGCUGGAGGUGGACCGGCACAAAUUCCAGUAGGAUAUUCUGGUGGACAGACACCAUCACCAAUGCCUGGUCUGCCUGCAGCGAUGGUUCAGCAUACCCAGGGCACAAUUCAAGCUGCUCCAGACUUUGAUGCUGGAAGGGACGCAGAAAUCCUACGCAAAGCUAUGAAGGGAUUUGGAACUGAUGAGCAGGCGAUCAUAAAUGUUGUUGCUAACCGCUCCAAUGAUCAAAGGCAAAAAAUCAAGGCAGCUUUCAAGACUAUGUAUGGCAAG